AUGACAGUCCGAUUGCGCCGAACGCUGCGCUCGAGCAGAUCGAGCGCCCCUCUCUCCGGCCAGCCACUUGGCCAGCACAUGAGCCGCUGCGUUUCGUUCAAGUCGCAGUGUCUCCUCCCUUCUUAUGUUUAUUUGCGUCGCUGCAGUCAUCCACAGACCAUCAUUUUCGUUACUCUGGUUGUUUCGCCUCUUCUGGUGGCAUUCUUCCUCCCUGAAAGCGCUUCGUAUCUGGGAGCGGGGGCUAGCCCUACACGAUCUCGGUUCCGACAAAGCACGGGACGCCUUGAGUCGUCUUUGUUUAGCGAGCGUUUCGGCCGGGCUUUCAUCGAGCGCUCGGGAAGCUCUGAAUCCGCGAGAGAUAAUCUCACGCCACCAGGAGAUGUUGCGGAGACUACCCCGCUGACUGACGAGGGUGCCGAUGCUGGUUCGUUGUUCAGCAGCCUUCAGGGGGACCGCCGGUCAGCUAUCUUGUUGCAUGCACCUAUUUUGCUCAUCGCGUCUGUGCUCCAUGCAGAUGCGGACAACACGGAGGCACAAGUCGGCGUAGGGCCGAGAGCCCCUAGUCGCCGCUCAGUGAUGAAGUCCCACAUUGCUCUUGAUCCAACCGCCAGUGGGAGAAUACUCAUGAGCGAAGAGAUAGCGCGUGUAGCAGCUGAGGGACUGACUCGCCGCAAAGGCAUAACGUUUUCUGCUGCAUCUGUGGAGAGCCUCACCGGCGGAGCAGCUGUGGUGGACGCCGAGCCGGAGAGCGUCGUUCGUCAGGUGGAAGAGAGGGUGAAAACAAGCAUCGCAGUGGAAAAAGAGGCUCCUUUAUCUGAGGCAGCUGAGGGGUCGCCCUGCACGAAGGCAGCAGUGGAGGCUCGGCUUAAAGAAAUCGGGUGUCCUUUACAGCUGUCGAACAGGCACUUCGCGCUUGACUACAAGUUCGGCGUCCGCAUCAAGGGCCGAGAGUUUAAAGAGGAGAAGGCGUCAAAAUUUGCGUACCUGCCCCGAGCUGUUUCUGAAGCGCCGUCAUACGAGCCUCUUCCAGGCCUCGUCCUUCUCGCGGACAUAGAUGAACCGGGAAUCGGGUCUGACGUGCGUCUUCUCCACAUUGUUGUUCGUCCUAGCGUAUGCGAAGAGAAGGGAGCGAAGCGCUGCACUAUCCCUUAUCUUCUUCCACCAGUCCCCCUAGCGGAACCAGCGCAUCGUAUCUUGGCGUUAGGUUUCGACUCGCCGACAGGGAAGACUUUUAAAAUUACCGAGGUGUUGAAGCUCAUCCAAGAAAAACCCUUGGACCUCGAUUUGCGGCGUAUAUCUCUGUCUCGCCUUAUUGAGGACAACCACGAGUUUUUUCAAGUCAAGAAGGGGAUGAUCGCGUCUCCCUCCUGGAAUGUCUUCAAGGUUUACAAUGUCGGGCAGGCCGCUUCUUCUGGAGAAGCGACACAACGACUCCUCGACGUAGGAACGCCACUUAUCGAAGUUCCUAAGAACGCUAGUCCUGCCGAGAAGCAAGCAGCAGCGGAGCUCGCAAAGAUCCAGAAUGCUGAAGUUGACGGCGUCUCAACCCCGGAGUUUGGCGGCUACUCUCCGGGGUCUGGCGGCCAACUCAAGCCCUCGACGAUUUUCGGUUAUGUGCUGGGAAGUCUACUCGUUAUCGCUGUCUUCGUCGGGAUUGUUGUUGUUACAGCUGACUGUGUGUCGGGAGCCACGAAAGCUUGA